AUGACAAUUAUUGAAUAUAAUAAUAAUCUUGAAGAUUAUGAUCCAUUAUUAAACGAGAGUGGACAUUAUUUUUUAUAUGGUUUUAAUAAUACAAUUGUAUAUUCUAUUAAAUUUCAACAAGAACAAGAACAAGAACAACAAUAUCAAGCAAUAUUUCCAAGAUGUUCUCAAAUCUCAAUGAUUGGAAUUCAUAAAACAUUAACAGUUCAAGAUUUACAAAGAAAUGGAGGUGAAAUAGUGGUAAAAUUAAAUGAUCAUAAAAUUUUAACCAAUGAAAUUUUAAAAGAAUCUAUUGAAUUUUUAAAAAAGCAAUUAUAUUCAUCACCAACUACAAGACCAUUUUAUAUUUUAUCAUUCACCAUUAUAAAUGAAACUGAAGAAAUAGUUGAAAAAUCACCAAUACUAUUCUUUCAAGUUUUAUCAAAAGAUUUAGAUACUUCAAUACCAAUAGAUAUCAGUGAAACUAAAAAGAUUGAAACAUCACUUAUCACUGAAGAAUUAAAGAAAUCUUUUAAUUUGGUUAAUAUUAAAACAAUUAAACCUUGUUCUUUAAAUAUUAUUUCAAAUAUUUUUAAUAAUAAUAAUAAUAACAAUAAUAAUAAAAAUGACAACAUAUAUUAUCGUUGUGAAAAUUUAGGUGAUUCAUCUACUCCUAUUAUUUUUUCAAGCAAUUCAAAUAAUGGUAGUUUAGAAAAGAAACUAAAUCAAUAUAUAAAAGAUAAUUCAAAAUCAAGUAAUAAUAAUAAUAAUAAUAAUAAUAAUAAUAAUAAUAAUAAUAAUAAUAAUAAUAAUAAUAAUAAUAAUAAUAAUAAUUUAGAAAUUUCAUCAACAUUUGAAAUUUUAUUUAAAAUUACUAAAUCAAUUGAUUCAUUAGAUUCCAUUACUACACCUAUCUUAUCAUUAAAUUUAAAUGAUGGUGAUGAAGAUGAUGAUAAUGAUGAUAUAAUGAUAUCAACACUUUGUUUAUUAUCAAAGAAUGAUAGUGUACUUGAAGGUUUAAAUAUAAUAAAGCAAUCAAUUAUUCAACAAGUAAAUAAUGUUAAUAAAAUUAAAAAUUUUAAGGCAUUACAUUUUCAACUACCUUUUUUACCAUUUCCAAUAACUAUCCUCUUUAAAAAAGAAGAUAAAAAAGAAAAUUCCCCAACACAAGUUAAUGAUAAUGAUAAUUAUGAAAUUAGAAAGAAAUAUCAUACAUUAUUAGGUUUACCAUUAAAUAGACCAUUUUUAAAAUCAAAUUUAUCAUUAAAUUUAAAUAAUAAAUUAAUAAAACAUCAACAACAACAACAACAACAACAGCAACAGCAACAACAAACUCAUCAUAUUAAAAAUAUUCAUAAUAACGUAUCAAUGGAAAGUAAAACUAAUGGUAAUAUUUAUUUAGUUGAAGGUUCAUAUGAUUACUAUCAUUAUCAGCAAGAUAACUUCGAUGAUAAUGGUUGGGGUUGUGCAUAUCGUUCAAUGCAAACCAUUUGUUCAUGGUUAAGAUAUCAAGGUUUAACCAAUAAUUCCGUUCCAAAUCAUUAUGAAAUUCAAAAAACUUUGGUUGAUAUUCAAGAUAAAGAACCUUCUUUCUUAAAAUCAAAACAAUGGAUUGGUGCUUUCGAAAUAACUUUAUGUUUAGAUCAUUUAUUUGGUAUUGAAAGUAAAAUAUUAAAUAUUACAACAGGAAGUGAUAUUAUAUAUAAAUCAAGAGAGAUUGCAAAACAUUUCCAAAGCAAUGGUAGCCCAAUUAUGAUUGGUGGUGGUGUAUUGGCAUACACAUUAUUGGGUAUUGAUUUCAAUGAAUCCACUGGUGAAACUCGUUAUUUAAUAUUGGAUCCACAUUAUACUGGUGCCACUGAUAAUAUUAAAUUAAUAAAGGAUAAAGGUUGGUGUGGUUGGAAAGGUCCUGACCUUUUUAGAAAAGAUGCUUUCUAUAAUUUAUGUAUGCCUCAAAUUCCAAAUGAUUUAUAA